CGCACGAGCCUCGCUCUCCUGGCCUCUGCUUCCCAGCUUGUCUCCUCCCGACCCGCGCCCGCGAUGCUGGCGCUGCGCUGUGGCUCUCGCGUCCUUGGCCUGCUCUCUGUCCCGCGCUCUGCGCCGCAGCGUCUCUCCGCGGUGCGUGCCUCCAGCGGCGGCGGCUCCCGCGACCCAUCCUCUUCCUCCCGGAACCCGCUAGUGUACCUGGACGUGGACGCCGACGGGCAGCCGCUCGGCCGCGUGGUGCUAGAGCUGAAGGCAGAUGUCGUCCCAAAGACAGCCGAGAACUUCAGAGCCCUGUGCACUGGUGAGAAGGGCUUCGGCUACAAAGGUUCGACCUUCCACAGGGUGAUCCCAUCCUUCAUGUGCCAGGCAGGUGACUUCACCAACCACAACGGCACUGGGGGGAAAUCCAUCUACGGAAGCCGCUUUCCUGAUGAGAACUUCACGCUGAAGCACGUGGGACCAGGUGUCUUGUCCAUGGCAAACGCAGGCCCCAAUACCAAUGGCUCCCAGUUCUUCAUCUGCACCAUCAAGACAGACUGGCUGGAUGGCAAGCAUGUUGUGUUUGGCCAUGUCAAAGAGGGCAUGGAUGUCGUGAAAAAAAUUGAAUCUUUUGGCUCUAAAAGUGGAAAGCCAUCCAAGAAGAUUGUCAUCACAGAUUGUGGCCAACUGAGCUAACUGCGACCAGGGUGCUAGGACAGUAGCAGCUGUACGUGUGUCAGUCCACCCGACGUGGGUUCUCAGCAAAGGUGCCCAGAAGAGCUGCCUGCACUCGCUCCACUGUCACUGUGUGCUUGAGGAAGGCCACUCAGGAAUUCAGACCUCACCCACUAGACUGCAUCCCCAAUGUCCAGCCUUCUCUCAGCCUUGUUCCCAGGCAUCCACUGUAGCAUCAUGUCUCCCACCGUCGUCCAGCAUCACCUGUGACUGCCCAAGUCCACCUGUGCCUUGGACAUUGGUAGUGGUAAUAGCUCAGCAUCAAGUGAGGGCACCUUCCCUUGACCAACAAGGAUGACCAGUUGCUAUAAAAGAGCUGUAAAGCCUGCAAAGUUGGAAUAAUUUAAUAAUUUAAUGAACAAGAUUGAUUAGAAAUGAAGCUGUGACAAGAGCUACACCCUACUGUGGUGUCACCUGAGUUGGUGACUUGGGCCACAGAACCCACAGGUUAGCUUUUGAAACACAACUUGGGGUUCUUAUGAAGGUCCCAUGGCCAAGUCCUUCCCUCCUGUUACUGUGAAUCCCAUUGGUUUGCUGUUGUCCUUGUGAGGAGGGUCCAUGGGGUAGAAGCAGUUGAACCAGGGAACAAACCCACUACAAGCUGUGCCUAGUCAAUGUGAAUUCCUGUGUUGAAACAGAAAGGGCCUGCAAGCUCCCUGUGCUCUGGAACAAAGUAUUUUCGGGGGAGACUGAUUGUUAAAUAUAUUCAGUCUACUGAUGAUGGAUGUAAAACAUUUCUGGAACAUUUAUUUGUGUUCACCUUAAAUAGGAUAAUAAAUUCUAUUUUCUGUAGAAGA